UUGAGGCUUGGGGGGAUCAAAGGGAUCUGAAGCUGGGUGGGGUCCUCUCUCACACAGCUGGGCUUUGUGCGUGGGGAGGGGGGCGUGUUGUUGACUCCUCACUCACAAAUCCCUCAGAUCUGGGAUGAGUCUGUUUAGUUGGGUGACCUUGGGAGACACAAACACACUGUUGGGGAAAGACAGAGAAAACAAAGAUGGGAUGACUGAGUUGAGAGAACAGCUGAGACAAGGGGAGGGAGGGAGAAGAGCAGAAGGGAAGGUGGCAGACGCACCCUAGGAGUGGCGUGGCAGACAGAGCUAAGAGUAACAGAGACAAACACUUUGAGGGGAACUGAGAAGACCCUCAAGGGCAGGGAGGACUUGAGUGGGGGGCAGGGAGGAGGUGAGAAAUGUGGGGCUGCAGGAGAGGAGGUCAGGAGCCCUCUGCUGCUGUGUCAGGCUGGUGAGUCUUGUCCUGGUUCCCUCCCUCGCAGAUUCACUCCCUAGGUAUGUUUGUUUUCCGAUCCCUCCCUGUCUUGCGCCCAUGCUCCAACUCUCGAGGAUCUCUGGGUGCAGAGCACAUUCUCCCAGACUCCUGGGGUCCAAAGCCAGCCAUGGGCACCUAUAGCACCUUCCUCUGCCUCCUGUACCUCUGUGGGGUGCUGGGUCUCAGCACUUCCCCUACCCCAAGACGGCUCCACUGUUACACCUGCAACUUUGCGAAACCCUGCUACCCUGUCCCUACCGAGUGUCAGGAUGAUGAAGCUUGUGGCAUCAGUAUUGGCACCUCAGGUAGGAGCUGCCUCCCAAAGUCCCAGUGCCCCCUGCAGGGCCACGCCACCUAUUGGUUGCGCUCCUACACUUUGCAGCACUGCUGCUGUGAGCAGGACCUGUGCAACGUGGCUGCAGCCCUGCAAAGGCUCCCCAGCCCUCUCCUCACCGCCCCACUCCUCCUCACUGCCAGCUUUGCCUGGGGAGGCUGCCUCCUCCACUAACCAUGCAGAUCUGCAGCCCCCAACCAAGGACACCUCCACCAUCACCAUGGCCUUGGAAACACCUGCACAGACACUCUUAGAUAUGGCCAAGAACCUGAUUUUGUACGGAGACCUGAGAUCCCUGAAUCCAACAC